AUGUCGGAAGCCGAACAAGUGGCAGGAAAGCGAAAGCGUGCGAGGACCCAGUCGUGCCCGCCGCCCGAGCUGCCGCAACUCGUGGCCGAGCAGCAUGCACCUAUUCCGUCGCACGACAAGGACACCCAGCGUUUGAUCGUCAUUCUCUCAAAUGCCAGUCUGGAGACCUACCGGGCCUCUAGCGGACGUGCGGGAGCCAAGGAUGAGAAAUAUUCUCUGUUGAACAGCGACGAGCAUAUUGGUAUUAUGCGUAAGAUGAACCGGGAUAUCAGCGAGGCUCGCCCGGAUAUCACUCACCAGUGCCUUCUCACCCUCCUCGAUUCCCCCGUCAACAAGGCUGGCCGCCUGCAAAUUUUCAUCCACACCGCCAAGGGUGUCCUCAUCGAGGUCAACCCCUCCGUGCGCAUUCCCCGUACAUUCAAGCGUUUCGCCGGUCUGAUGGUCCAAUUGCUGCACCGCCUGUCCAUUCGCUCGACCAACUCCCAAGAGAAGCUGCUCAAGGUUAUCAAGAACCCCAUCACCGACCACCUGCCCCCGAACUGUCGCAAGGUGACCAUGAGUUUUGAGGCCCCCGUCGUCCGCACCAAGGACUACAUUGAAUCUCUAGGCCCCAACGAGAGUAUCGCCAUCUUCGUCGGUGCCAUGGCCAAGGGUCACGACGACUUUGCCGACUCCUUCAAGGACGACACCAUCUCCAUCAGCAACUAUAGUCUGAGUGCCAGUGUGGCUUGCAGCAAGUUCUGCCACGCCGCCGAGGAGGUGUGGGAUAUUCUGUGA